CUUAGAGCCAACCCUAUAAAAAAAGAAGUGGCCUUGCUGCAACAUAACAAACACAUAUAACAAGUAUGAGACUGGUCAAGACCACCAACAGGAAAGUGGCGCGUGCAGCGUUCAAAAGCAUGCACUGUCUGGUACUGGCGAUAGCACUGACGGCUGUGUACGUGUACAUUAGAGAAUGGCUAGAGGCUAGUUAUGAUUUUACACAUAGCUCAGAUGAAAGCUUGGGAUCGAUUGAAGGUGACUCUGAGAUGCAGAGAACUUAUCGGGAACGAAUGUGUGAUCACGUGUCGAGUAAUUUGCAUAGGAAAAGACCUGCAGAGAGAUGGAUGGGCGAUAAGCGAAUGUUCCAUCGAUUGAAGGGCGUAGCAUUGGCACUUAAGACUGGAGAAGCGGUCGGGGAUGCAAGAGUGACUGUACAGGAUGCUACUUGGCUGCCGUCGUUCCCCAUGGAGAAUGUUUUGUUUAUUGGUAAGUAA